AUGGCAGUCAAUACCCAGUCCCCGGUGUCGCUGCCGACCACCACCACCGAGUUCCCCAACAGCCACGAAGUCGGUGAAGCCUCGAUCACGCCAUGGUUCCUCGACAACAAGUUCUAUAUCUCUUCCAGCACGGACUUCAUCGAUGUCUACGACCCGUCCACCAACAAGCUCGUUACCCGCGUGCCAGAGAGCACUGAUGCCGAGCUCAUCGCCGCCGUCGACUCUGCCGAGAAGGCCUUCCCCGCAUGGAGUGCGACAUCGGUCCUUACUCGCCAGCAAAUCAUGUUCAAGCUGGUGGCCCUCAUCCGCGAGAACUGGGACCGUCUUGCUGCCGUGAUUACCAUCGAGCAGGGCAAGACUGUUGCCGAUGCCAAGGGUGAUGUCCUACGUGGGCUGCAGGUAGCCGAGGCUGCUUGCGGUGCUCCUGAGUUGCUCAAGGGCGAGGUUCUGAGUCUUGGAAAGGAUCUGGAGACUAGGACCUAUCUCGAGCCAUUGGGUGUCGUUGGUGUCAUUUGCCCUUUCAACUUCCCUGCCAUGAUUCCUUUAUGGUCACUCCCGGUUGCCACCGUCACAGGAAACACAGUCGUCAUGAAGCCCUCGGAGAGGGAUCCCGGUGCCGCGAUGAUUAUUGCUGAGCUUUGCCAAAAGGCAGGUUUCCCCGAGGGUGUUGUCAACGUCAUCCACGGAGCGCACAAGGCCGUCAACUUUAUCCUUGACGAGCCCAGAAUCAAGGCCAUCAGUUUCGUUGGAAGCAAUAAGGCUGGCGAGUACGUCUAUACCCGUGGCUCUGCCAACGGCAAGCGAGUGCAGGCCAAUCUUGGCGCAAAGAACCACGCCCUGGUACUUCCAGACUCCGACAAGUCUCAAGCCCUCAAUGCCAUUGCUGGAGCCGCCUUUGGAGCUGCUGGGCAGCGCUGUAUGGCACUUAGUGUGCUCUUGCUGCAAGGAGAAGCCACCACAUGGUUGCCCGAGCUGGUCGAGAUUGCCAAGAAGCUGUCUGUUAACGGCGGGUUCGAGGCUGGUGCUGAACUAGGCCCUGUGAUUUCUCCCCAGAGCAAGGCGCGGAUCGAGGAGUUGAUUGCAUCGGCUGAGAAGGAGGGCGCCACCAUCCUUCUUGACGGUCGUGGAUUCAAGCCCCAAGGCGAGCAGUUCGCCAACGGAAACUGGGUUGGCCCAACCAUCAUCACUGGCGUGAAGCCGCACAUGCAGUGUUACAAGGAGGAGAUCUUCGGGCCAGUUCUUGUCUGUGCUGACGUGGCAUCCCUGGAUGAGGGUAUCGAGUUUAUCAAUGCCAAUGAGUAUGGUAACGGGGUAGCCAUCUUCACAUCCUCCGGCCCCGCGGCUGACUACUUCCGCCGUGGCAUUCAAGCUGGUCAAGUCGGCAUCAAUGUGCCCAUUCCAGUGCCCCUGCCUAUGUUCUCCUUCACCGGCAACAAGCGAAGUGUUGCUGGAGGCGGUGCAACCACUUUUUACGGACGUCCCGGCAUCCGGUUCUACACCCAGCAGCAGACUGUGACAUCUAGAUGGGCAAUCAGCCAGGCGCUGAAGUCCGGCAAGGCCGAGGUUGUCAUGCCUACCCAUUCAUAA